GUGACAGCAUUUCCAACAGAAAGUAGUCAAUGCCUUUUCUUCUUCUUCUUCUUCUUCUUCUCCUUCUUUAUCGAUACGCUUUAUUAGUUGUUACGCUUUUACUGAUGUGACUAUAAAUCUAGUGGGAAACAAAGUGUUAUGCAAUGUUUAUUAAUUUAAUCUGAGAUGGGAGCUUGCAGUAGCAGCUGAUCGACCAUGAUAUAGAUGGAGACGGGAAUUCAGAUAGAAAUAUAGAAAUCCCUUGCUUUGUUUUCAUGAAGUGUUUUCUACUGUGCAUACCAUGCCUGAAGAACAGAGGUCACGGCGCCUAAACAAGUCAUGCGUUCUUCUCAUUGGGAUAGGGGGGAUGGAGAGGUUUGCGUUCAAAGGGGUGGCCUGCAAUCUGGUGACUUACCUGACGGACGUGGUGAAGAUGAGCAACUCGGCGGCGGCCAAGACGGUGAACUCUUGGAUUGGGAUUACGUCUCUGCUGCCUUUACUUGUGGCGCCACUCGCUGACUCUUACUGGGAUCAGUUCUCUACCAUUUUGGCUUCCUCCUUCCUCUAUCUUGUGGGGCUUGUGGCACUGACAUGGACGGCAAUCUCAUGGGCAUGGACUCCUGCAACUGCAGCCGGCUCUUCCUCAGCCCUCUUCUGGUCUCUCUCUCUGAUUUCCCUUGGCCAGGGCGGCUAUAACCCAUCCUUGCAAGCCUUUGGAGCAGACCAACUUGAAAAUGACGAUGAAUUGCCUCAGACUGCCGAUCGGGACCGGCACGCUAACAAGAAGAAGAGUUUGUUCUUCCAGUGUUGGUAUUUUGGAGUUUGCACUGGCAGCCUCUUGGGUGUCUCAGUUAUGUCCUAUAUUCAAGACACAUUUGGUUGGGGUUUAGGAUUUGUCAUCCCUGCGAUUGCGAUGCUCGCAUCCAUAGUGUUUUUCACCUGUGGCAGCCGAUAUUAUACAUAUAGGCAGGCCAAGGCUGCUGACGUUAAUAAGCCCUUCAGGAGCAUGGCUCGAACGGUGGCAGCGACUGUGUUUAAAAUGACUCACAGUCGAAUCACCUUACAGAAUAACAAUGACACUGUGGAUGAGCUAGAGCUUGAAGAAAAACCAAUUUGUCAUCCACAUCUUGAAGGAGAGGAUUUGGAAUGUCUCCCCACGGGCAACAUCCGUCAGCUGGAAAAUGUGAACAUUAUACUGCGACUCUUACCUAUAUGGACAACGCUUCUAAUGUUCGCUGUCAUAUUCCAACUCCCAACCACUUUCUUCACCAAACAAGGCAUCACCAUGAAGAGAAACAUCGGAAGCAACUUCAAAAUCCCCCCGGCGACGCUUCAAACUGCAAUUACGGUGUCUAUAAUUCUAUUGAUGCCAUUAUAUGACACGAUUUUAGUCCCAAUUAUGCGGGCAAUAACUCAUAAUGAUCGAGGCAUCAGUGUAAUGCAGAGGAUGGGGAUUGGGAUGUUCCUCUCCAUAAUAGCAAUGAUGAUCGCUGCAAUCGUUGAAACAAAGAGGCGAGGGAUUUGCCAAACAAUGGGAAGCAAUCUUGAGUCAGAGACAGUACCACUGAGCAUAUUCUGGUUGCUGCCUCAGUACAUUCUUUUGGGCAUAUCAGACAUAUUCACUGUGGUGGGAAUGCAGGAGUUCUUUUACAGUGAAGUGCCCAUACGAAUGAGGACAAUGGGAAUAGCUCUGUACACCAGUGUGUUUGGGGUUGGGAGCUUCUUGAGUGCCAUACUAAUUUCUAUGAUUGAGUUCCUCACGAGUUCAAGCAGGGGCAAGCCAAGCUGGUUCUCAGACAAUAUGAGUGAAGCUCGGCUUGACAAGUACUACUGGUUACUGGCCUUGUCAAGUGCACUGAGUUUGCUGCUGUUUGUGAGUUUGUGCAAAUGCUACCAGAGCAGGAAUGAUUUGGGUAGUGGUGGCAAUUGGAAGUGAGAUCUUAGCUUUUCAGUGAAGGAAUUUUGUGUAAAGAACUAAAGCAUAGUGAUGAUAUUUAGUUGCAAUAGUCCAGCUUUUGUAUAAAUUAAUUUAGCCUGUAUAAGCCUUUAAAAAGCUGGAUUUUCUGCUGAUAAUGCAGAAUGCCAGAAUUAUCAUGUGUCUCAAGUACCGAGACACACUAAACAUUAUAUUUUUAGGUAUUACACUUAUAUUUAUAUUCUUAGGUAUUGCACUUAUAUUUAUGUGCUGUUUCGUGCAUAUUUAUAUUAUGUCUAUGGACACAAUUAUAGCA